AUGGAUGGUAAGAUAUAUGUGACUGGAGAGAACUCUACCACCUCCGAAAAUUUUGGAGAGGUUUACGACCCAAAUACACAAACCUGGGAGCCUACAAGUGUCAGAACACGCGAUCUACCCAAUCACACCGACCAACAAGAUGUCACCAUGUAUAUCCGACAUGGAGAAGGUUAUUACAGUUCCACGAUUUGCUUCAUAGCCUCAGAUGUUUUCAGUUCCACCAGGUCGUCCUUGGUAGAGACAAAGAAAUUUUUUUGGUUGGGAGCAAUGGUUCGCAAUGGUGAACUACGCUGCGGUGUCUUAUCUCAGUGGGUUAAAGUUGUAGGACUUGAAGCAAUAUCCUCUAAUUAUCUUAUUUCGGUGACCAACUCUGGCCAAGAUGAGGGAGUUAUAGUUUGGUGGAAGACUAAUUAUGCUAUGGAAUGUAAUACUGAGAUUUGGUGUGCUGAGAUUUUGAUUAAGAUUUACGAUCACAAGACCAUUCGGGGAUCCAUUGAGUGGUCUGAGAAUGUGUUUACCUUCCAGGGAUGUCAUCAAUCUGAUGAUGCUUCCAAAUUCAUGUUGCAUUCUGCUUUAGUAACUCAUGAUUAUUGA